AUGAGUACUGCUGAGAGACAAGAGACUACUACUAGUGGGAGAAGGGAUUCUAAUAGAAGAGACUCAGCCGAUGUUGCAGGACAUCGCCGUCACGAGAGUACAACAGGUCGAGAUGAGCAGACUGUUUUGUCGGCCGAUAGCGAGAUUCCUGAACUUCCUCUUGAAGUUGAACUGGUUGAAGAAACAAUUGUCAUACGCGUCAUAGUAGUAGAAAACCAUCCUCAAUUGUCAAGGUUGCAGAUCAACAAGAUCUACUAUCUAUUCAAGACCAAUAGAGCAGUUACAAGCUGGCACAUUAAACGGGCUAUCAAACGUGUGGAUAAAGAAAUUAGAAGAUGUGGAAAUAAUGAAGGGGAGAAGAAGGGAAAGCUCGAAGAUCACAAGGCUGCAUUGAAAGUGCUCCAGACAAGAUGCGCAGAAGCCAAGCUGUGUGACAAAUCCGUCAGAUCAUUGAAGGAGUCUAUUAAGAAACUCGACUCUGUUCUUAAAGACCUUUCUGCUCUUGAAGGGAACGGGAAUGAUCAACACAAUGCAUGA